AUGGCAUCCCCCAAGGCGGGAUAUGGAUUACCAGUCAGGCCAUCCGAUGGCUUGCGAAGGCGGCCCGAAGACUCGAAACCAUUGAGUGGCAUUCCCAAGUCUACCUCCAGGACGAGCGAGAGAGAAACGGAUAUCCCGAGACUGGUAAAACAAGACUCAUCACAGCCGCGUGCGGCUAGUCGAGUCCCCCUUCCAUCUUCAACACGUCGCCCCUCUGCUACUACACAGCAAUCCGUCCCAAAGAUUGUUCCAGAUCGGCAAUCAAAGUCAUGGGGCUCGGCCACGAGCUCCUCUGGCUACUCACGAUCCCAUACACAAACCGAAUCAGGUUCCUCCUCUUCCAGCCGGUCAUUUGAUAGUAGCUCAAAGCUGGGACAAAAUGUGCCGAGACGGAAGAAGCCUUCUCUAUCGCCCGAGGUAGGCACUCUGCCUAGUGGCUCUCCCGGUCCAGGUCCCAUUUCCCCCAAGGGUCAACCGCAGGUAAUGAUGGAUUCGGCACUGGGGAUUCAGUUCAAUCGAAACAUAACGGCCAGUCCAAGCACCAUUCAAAGAGAAGAGCCUGCUUCGAAGCCGGUCGGUCAGUCUCCCGUCAUCUACCCUGAGCUAGAUCGGCAGGGCCCGGACAUGCCUUACCGCUUGGCUACACAUGACCUUCCACCGCCAACUCCUGGGAGUCUGCUCUUCUCUGCCAACAGCAGUCAGUCCCCUGGCCUCGUUAUUCCCAGCCGCGGCUUCCCAUUGGCAAAGAUUCGACAGCACAGCCCCGCCUUUACUCGCCCACCUGUUACCCGACGAAGGACGGGGAGUAUAUCAAAUGAGGUUGAUAUUAUAAGCGUUGAUCCCCACGGCCUUGCUGCGGUCCGAGAGUCGUUGACUUCCUCGUCAUCAAGCUCUACUGUUAAGGCCGGCAUCAACCCAAAGAAAGAAAGAAGAGGUGGAAAAAACUUCGCAGCACCGCCGCAAAGUCCCCCUCCACGGAAGUCAUCGCAGAAAUUCCUUUCAAGCGAAGAUGAAGAAGAGCUAUCUCCCAGACAAAAACGCAGACCAGAGGCCCAGUCGAUGAAUAUCUCAUCCCCGCCAAAAUCUGCACUCCCAUUUCGCAACUAUCAAUCACCUUCGCCGCAGGCUAUGCCCCCACGCCGGCCCAGUCGAGAGGGUACCUCUGACCUCAAGUCCCAGUUGUAUACCAUUCCAGUCAUCCAAAGUAGCUUGGCACUCAGGGCGAUCAAUUCAGAAAGACGUGAUAGUGAGACUACAAUGUCUCCUCCACCUCCGCUUUCAACUAUGCAGACCAACAAGAGUGCAUCAACAUCGAAUCUACUCACGUCUGAGCAACCUACCUCAUCAGGCAAACUGACGAGCAGGAGAAAGCUUAGCGUGUCUGGCCCACUUGUGUCUGGCCCAUCUCGACCGACUGCUAAUACGCCGUCCCCAAAUAUCAAGAGCUCUGGCCCUCGUUUCCCGUUCUUUGGGCGCAGAAAAGCUUCUUCAGAGAACGCGCCCACUGAAAAGGACAAGAAAGACAAACAGAAAGUAUCUCGAAAGGGUCCGGCAGCUGGCACUGGUCAUGAAGGGUAUGGACGACUUGGUGCUGUUCGGCGGCGAAGCGGAGUCAUUGCCAAUCCUCAAAAAUCCAAUGAGAGCCUUGUCAGUGGCGACUCUUUCCUGGCUGACCGCAUCAAUCCUGUCGUGAUUGCUGGAGGAGCUGUUGUUGAGAACCGAAACGCCAGUGCAGAGCUCACUAGGACAGAGAGCAAUAUGAGCUUCACAACAAACGAACGUCCAAGCAUUGAUUCAAUAGCCAACUCAACUACAUCUUCCAUUUCAAGGGAUGUGCCUGGAACAGGACUUUGGCCCUCGGCUAUUCCCCGUGGGCAGAAUUACACGAAUGCUCGAAGGCCAUCUGACAGCGACGCUAGCAGUGUGGCUAUGGGUUCUACUCUAGCAUUUAGACGAUCCGUUCAGCGGUUGAAGUCAUUUCCAGAUGACCCUCUACAACUGCCACGACCAAUCAACACCAGUGGCGUGAUUACAUCGCCCAUGACUAGCUUUGAUACAAGCAUCAUGUCUGAUGAAUCUUCCAUCUUCAAUCUUCAGCAACAGCCUUCUCAUGAAAUUGCCAAUCCUCAUCCGGCACCCAAGAAGCUCAAGAAAAAACCUCGGUCUCCGAGGAAAUGGAACUUUUUCAGUAGAUCGAACAACCAGGCCAAGCCAGAUAAGGCGAGCGAGCCGGUUGCCGUCACUGUACAGCCAGUGGAGAAGAAGCCAGUGGCUUUUUACACCAUUAUGGAUUCACCUGAGCAAGAAUUAGCCCAGCCUGUAGACCUCAAGGAGAUUUUGCGUGAGGCAGAUGCCUACGCGCGCUCACCUGCCAAGAUAAAUACCCCUGAGUUGCAGCCUCUCUCACCAGUACAAGACUACUUUUCUGUGGCCGACGAGCCAGCUGUUUCUCGUACGGAAGGAAUACCUCCUGCAGCAGUAACACUGAGCUCUGGGAGACCUAGUCGCUUGGCACAGGUGGGAAGGAUACCGCAGGUGGUGAGCAACCGUCAAGAAGGGCCCUCUCCCCGCAGUUUCUCUCGGCCUUUUAUGGGAAAUGACGGUGGUGACGGAUCAACGACGGAUGCGGGCACUGAAUUUUCCUUCUUCAGUGAACCCAGGUCACGUCUAUCUCCCGAGCCUACAACUACACAAGAAUUCCUCGCCUUUUCUCCCCCUCGAAAGGAUUCUGACUGUACAACGAGCUCGACUGAAUCUUGUGUUUCAUACAAUUAUGCAGAGGCAACUGCUGUUAUUCCUAAGCCUGACGACCCACCUGCGGAUGAUGAGGUCUGGGAUGAAUAUGACGAUCUUCUGGGAGAAGACAACGUUAAAGCUCGGCAGUCUACCACGUCUUCCAGGGGUAUUCCAUUCCAUCUCGAAACCUACCAAGUGAGGCUGGCAAGAGAGAAGCCUCUCGAAUCUCUCGAAUCUCCAACAAUCGUCACUGAUAACCGUAAGCUGUCAACCAUUUCAGAUGCGCCGACAGCUUCCACUACCUUCAGUGCCGAUAUGACGGAGAGAAUUCGAAAGGCCUUUCAGCCCCAUCCUAGCCCUACGGUGCCGUCACCUGUGCCAGAGGUCGCAGAACAGAACAAUGGCCGGCAUUCUAGGAAGCCUAGCGCCGCUGAAACCAUGCGUCACAGCAUCGCCUCUUCCCGCAAGUCUAGGCAGUCUGGCUCGUCUACCUCUUCUGAAGAAUGGACGCCCCUGGCCCAGGUGAACCUUCGUGUAGGUUCCAUGACCGUCUCCAAGUGGCUUAGCUUUGGCCAAGUUCUCUUCAGCGACAUUCGACAUGGACUGGGUCGGGGUCAAGACUCUGUCGAGCGCCCAUCAGUUCUCGUCAUUGACGGGCUUGGUAAUGACGAUUGGUCAUUUUAUGCCGCGGAAACAUACUCGGCUGCCCAAUUCUUCAACCUCUCUCCGCGAGCCCCUUUGCCUACACCCGAUGCAGAAAGCUCGGCAUCGCGCUAUCCCCUAAGCCCACCCAACCAUCGUCAAGUACAAUAUUUUUCCCACCUCGAUGAGUUUCCCUUUGCUUCGAAUACUUUCAACUGUGUUGUCUAUCGAUUCCCGGCGGCUGCUCCGGAAUCUCACUAUGAGAAUAUCCUUUCUGAAGCCCGCCGUGUUCUCAAGCCGGGCGGAUAUCUUGAGUUGUCUAUUCUUGAUGUUGAUCUCAACAAUAUGGGUAACCGCGGGCGCCGUACCAUUCGUCAGCUCAAGGAACGCAUACAUGAAACAUCACCAGAGACGAAUUUGGCGUCUACUGCUGAUUUAAUCGUGCGCCUCCUGGGCAAGAGCGGCUUUUCAACUAUCAAGGCUGCCCGCGUUGGCGUUCCGGUUGCAAGCUCAAUCACGUCCUCCGAUGACAAUUCAAAGGGCAAAGGUUUAGCUGAGAAGAAGGCGAAAAAGUUGUCCAAAGAUCAGCCUAGCUUGGCGGAAAUGAUGCGAGAUCAAAGUCCAAACGCAGACGAGGGCAUUACCAACAUGGUAUCCCGAGUUGGACGCUGGUGCAUCUGGAACGACAAGGCCUUGCUCAGGGAAUGCGAAGAACUGGGCACCAGUCUCAAGCUGAUGGUCUGCAGUGCCCGUGCGCCUUAG